AUGGCGGACGCUGUGUUCUUCUCUAUCGUAGCUCUCGCCAAGGCGGGCAUUGAGAGCUGUCGAAACGCUCAAAUAUGCCAGGAUGAGGCAGGCCGCAUCGGCAAGCGUCUGACGAUAGUGGUCGCGCGAGCGCAUGAAUGGGGAGCGGUUUGUGCAAGUGCGCGCCUGAUUCAUUUCCACGAAGUCGUGGAGAAUGUCUUCUUGUGCUUACAAGCCGUUACAUCGCCUAGAAGCAAGCGGUCCUCAUGGAACAAAAUGUUCAAGUCUACGCUACAAUCCCAAACUUUGCUCGACAAAAUCCUCGAAGCAGAGAGUCAGUUGAAUACUGCUAUCAAUGAUCUACAGAUGGAGCAAUCCAAUGCCAUCUUUUCACAGCUGGUUGACGUCUCAAAAGGAGUUGCAGAAUUGCUCGACCAGUUUGGCACUCUUGCAAUGAGCAAAUCGAAUCCUUCCGUGACAGUACAGCAGCAAUUUGAUAAGGUCCUGGCGGAUGCACAGACACAAGCCCCCGAAGUCGCCGUUUCUAUCCCCAGUGACCGAAUCCACCAUCCCGUACAAGAGUACAACUCUCUCGACUGUGUGGGAGAUGAGGUUGCCUUAUCUCCACAGCAACAAAAGAUAGCGUUUCGUCCAUCCAAAGAGGAUGUGCUUGCUAUCUCGCUCAAGGCAUCAUUGCUGGAGUUUAGCGAUGACCAAAAGAAUCUUCUGGGCGGUGGAGGAUUUGCGGAAGUCUUUCGAGGGACCUACAACCACCGGCCAGUUGCGGUCAAGCGCCUCAAGGCGUACCAUGGAGAUGUAGCGUCUCUCUCUCUCUCUCAAAUCGCCCGUGAUGUGGAACGACUCGCCGCCGAAGCCAUUUUGACGCACAAGUGCAGCAAGCACUCCAAUAUUAUCCACGUUAUUGGAUGCAUCACCGUAUUGAGUGAAGUCGAGAGACCUCUCAUUGUCAUGGAGCUAAUGCAUACAACAUUAUUUGAUGCUCUCCAUGAUCGAAACCAAAAGGAUGCUAUGGGAUUUUCUCGUCGGCUCUUUCUGUUAAAAGGUAUUGCUGGAGCCUUAGAGUUUCUUCAUCUGCAAGGUAUUGUUCACCAUGAUAUUAAGUCUCUGAAUAUCUUGCUGAACAAACAAUUGACAAUUGCCAAGUUGGCUGACUUUGGAGAGUCGAAAGUAAAAGGCCUCCACACCACGAAACUCCGUCUCAGUACAAUUUUGGCCACAACAAGCCACCAGGGCAACCAGAUAGCAGGUACAGCUGCAUAUCAAGCACCAGAAAUCCUCUCGGAAGAAGUGCUUGACAUAUCACGCGUUUGUGAGAUGUUUUCGUUUGGGGUGACAGUAUGGGAGUGCAUGACAAGCAAGAUUCCACAUGGAGGGAAGAAAGAAUCAUCCAUAGCACUUCUGGCAGCGACAAAGAAGCACUUGCCCAUGCUCGUAGUCCCAUCCAAACCAAAGGAUCUCCCAGAGAUAGAGAUGGUGUCCUGGAAAGCGCUCAAAAUGGUUGCCACAUCAUGCCUCUCUCGUGAUCGCUUGGUGAGACCUACUGCUUCUGUGGUGGUGGCACUUUGGCAUAAAGUAAAGUCUCCAGGGAAUGUUGAACCACUGUCUUUCUCUCUCCAAAACCCACCUUCAGCAAAAAGUGGUGGCAUUGGCCAGACUUGGCUGCCAACAAGUACUCAGGGAUCAACAAGUCAAGACAUUGUCUUUGAUACGAAAGGCUAUGAAGACGAGUCCAAAGCAGGAUAUACUACUUCCUCAAAGAAACGUUGCUACAUUAGACUGUCUGUCAUUGCAAGUAUUGUGGUGUUGCUAGGAGUCAUAGUGCUAUUGGCCGUUAUCCUGGUGCCCAGAAGUUCUCCUGAUCCCUCGUCACCGUUGCCGGCUCACCUGUCUUUUCAAACCACACAGGAGUUGUAUGAUGCUGUUGAUGCUUACGUUGGUACAACCAGCCCCGUAGACUCCACCGCAGCGACUGUGUAUGGAUAUCCUAUUGGAUCAUGGGAUGUGUCACGAAUCUCCAACUUUUCUCAAGUUUUUGAUGGAUCAGCUCGGAACAGCGCCAUUGGAAUGUUUGAUGAAGAUCUGAGUAACUGGGAUGUUUCGGCCGCGUCAACAAUGCAUUCGAUGUUCAAUGGUGCUUAUGCGUUCAAUAGCAAUCUGUCAGCUUGGAAUGUGAGUCGGGUAGCAGACAUGAGUUUCAUGUUUUGGGGCGCAUCGGCGUUUAAUGGGGAUCUUUCAUCAUGGAGGGUUGACCGGGUUGCAAGUAUGGAGUCUAUGUUUGAGGGUGCAAGCUCUUUCAAUGGUGAUCUUGCAUUGUGGAAUGUGAGUCAGGUAACAGACAUGAGUUUCAUGUUUUGGGGCGCAUCCUCCUUUAAUGGAGACCUUUCAACAUGGAGGGUAGAUCAGGUUUCAAAUAUGGAGUCAAUGUUCUACAAUGCAAGUGCUUUCAACAGUGAUCUUGCUAUGUGGAAUGUAGGACAGGUAACAGACAUGAGUUUCAUGUUUUGGGGUGCAUCUUCCUUCAACGGGGAUCUUUCAUCAUGGAGGGUAGACAACGUUGCAAAUAUGGAGUCUAUGUUUUACAAUACAAAGACUUUCAAUAGCGAUGUCUCAGCAUGGAAUGUAGAUCAGGUGAUCAACAUGUCAAGUAUGUUCCAGGCUGCAUCUGUCUUCAAUGCUGACCUCUCAUCCUGGAAUGUAAUGCGGGUUACAAACAUGAGAGCUAUGUUUGAGGAGGCAGGUGCCUUCAAUGGCGAUGUCUCAACAUGGAAUGUGGGCCAGGUAACAGACAUGAGUUUUAUGUUUUGGCAUGCAUCCUCCUUUAAUGGGAACCUAUUUUCAUGGAGAGUAGAUCAGGUUGCAAGUAUGGAGUCUAUGUUUCAGUUUGCAGCUGCCUUCAACGGCGACCUGUCAAGCUGGAAUGUCAGCAAGGUAACUACCAUGCAAGAAAUGUUUAAUGGCGCAUCUUCAUUUGAGGGCAACCUUUGUCCCUGGCUGGCUUGGCUUCCUUUGGAUUGUAAUGUUGAUGGAAUGUUCCUUGCUGCACAGUCCUGCACAGACACAGCAGACCCUAUACUACCAGAUGGGCCAAUGUGCAAUACCUGCGCAACUCCCAAGUGA